UUUGGCAGGGCGCGCACCCUGGUGAGAGACGCAGGCCAGGAUGUGGAGGACUGCCUCGUCCAAGGCUUCAGGGCAGAGGGCAUCGUCUUCUUCCCAGCCUUCAAGUUUACAGACCUCCAGAGUACCAGAAGGAUCUGGUGGAACUUCAAGGACUGGGUGCAGGUCAGCCACAGGGACCAAUCCGUCCUGCAAAUGUCCGACGUGGCCUCCAAGACUCCAGGUCAUGUCUGAGAUUGAGCGGCGCUCCCUCUGCUUUUCCAAACACCUGGAGGUGUACAGAGAGCCCGGCAUGCCCUGGAUGGCAACAGCCUUGCAGAGGCUCUCAAAGGCGAUGAAGGGAGGUUUGCUCCUCAACACGCUGACCUUCGUCUCCUGUGUGGCCCUGGUCCAGAAUGGCGCCUACAUCGAUUUCACGCACCUGAAAGACCUUUGCCAACAAAUGAGCUUGGGGGGCGUGUCACAGGCCAGACUGCAGCAGCUGCUGAUCCAGGGGAAAUUCACCCUGGACAAAGUGAGGAAUCCGAGGAUUUGGAGCCUGCAUCCGACCGUCCCCUACAAGUUGCAGAAACAAGGGAUCGCCAUCCCAUCCCUGCGACCGCCGCCGCCCAGUGCGGAGAAGGAGUGUGUGCAUCCCCUGGAAGACGUCCAAGCUGUCGACGAUCAGGACGAGCUCAGGCCCCCCAUUGUGUCAGCAGCCAUGUGCUUGCCAGCCAACUCUGGGAAGAGGUGGGGCAUGGACGAGGAAUCCACCUUUUUAAAACAAUCACAGGUUACACACCAAGUGGCAUACAAGGAGUACGUGCAAGAUUGCAGAAAGAGAAAGUUGCCGUCGAGAUAAUUUGUUCCGUUCAAGCGCAAGAGACAGCGCUUAAUG